CGUGAAGAAACAAUGAGUCUCUGAAGUUUGUUUACUGAAGUAAUAAGAUUAUUCAAGAAACUGAAUCAAAAUGAAAGAAGUUGAAGUUAAACAUUCAAAUUUACGGGAUCGUCUCGAAGAAAUUGUAUCUGAAAGAUCAGAAACUGGCGAAUGGAGAGUUAUUGGACAAGAACAAGAUGGCGCCCUGUUGCUUUGCUGGAUGUCGACUGAAACUUCCUAUUCCGAAAUUGGUGUCUUUGACUCUGACAACAAUUCAUAUACUGUUCUCUAUAAAUUCGAUACGGUGAGGAAUGUCAUACAAGCAUCUGUAAAUUUGAAUAGAACUUUGCUAGUUUUCAGUGUAUAUGAGAAAGAGGAUGGGAUUGAAAGCGACGAAAAAGAGAAGGAGAAUAAUAAUUUAUACAGUUUAUUUCUGGCAAGAGUGAACGGAGAUGUUGCUGUUGAACUACAUUCCAAGAAACAGAAUCAAAUAAUGGCCCAGUUUUUAUACUGGCGAAAGAAAUCACCUGAUAAAUUUUUGGUCUUGGCACACCAAGAAGCUAUUCAAAUUUACCGAGUGGAAGGAAGUGAUGAUGAAAGUGAGACAGCCGAUGGUGUGCGAGUGAGUGGGGCAGUGGAGACGAUAGUGGGUGCAUUCGCGUGGGGCCAGUGGGACCCCACACACCAGGCGCUCUACCUGAUCCACUACCGCAAGCCGAUGCAUCGUGUGGAGGGCGAAACGCAACCUGACGAGACUGAACUGGCUCCCACUCUGUCAGCGCUCCAGUUUCACGAGGACAUGCCACACGAAACUGUCUUGAACAUACCGCUGAACUUGCCUGGCAUGGAGGGUGAGAAGGAGAAGGGUGAAGCGGCUGCAGCAGCUGAGUGUCGCACGCAUGAAAACGAUGCGGUUCCGCUGAGAGUGCACGACUGCUCACUAGAUGUCACCGUGGUGUCCGACUCGAAGGGCAUUCUCUGCAUUUGUCAUCAUUACUUGUAUCAGCCAGUAAAGCCGCCGACAAGUGAAGUAAUGGAUGAAAGCAAUACGGUUCACUUUGCCUACUCGGUUACACUGCUGCAUCACGGCCAUGUUAUACAUUGCAACAUCCCCGGCAUACCGUUCUCACAGGCAACCACCCUCCGACCCACCUUCACCAUGUAUAACGACCAACACCUGCUAGUGUACUGCGCAGAUGUGUUCAUCCACAUGUUGGACGUCGGCCAAAAGCACGAGCCUUGCUGCCACAUUCUGCUCGGCAGCCAUUUCGAGGAGGCCGCGGCCGAGGUGUCGUCGCGCCUCGUCACUCUGUGGCAUCCGCACUUGGACUCCGAUCAGCUGUUGCUCAACCUCACCUCGCUCGACGUCAUCAAACUCAAGGUCACCCAUCGGCAAUUGGUCGACGCCUACAAACUGGUCGACGCGCCCAUCGAGAACAGACUGGCCAUCUUGCACUAUUUCCUCAUUCACGCCGCUGAACCCGACAUUGUGGCUCAGUUGCUCGAACCGAUAGCAGAGCAGUCAAUGGAUCUGGACAUAACCAGCGUGAUGCAAGAGGUGCUGGUGGGAGGGGCAUUCGCCACAGUCAUGCGCAGUCUGCCUUCCGACGCGCAUGCGCUGAUCAACCUCCUGCCUUUCACCACUGUCAACGCGGCCACGCCCAUUGAAGUCAAGGUGAUGGUGAUUGGUUCCGUGGUGUUGAACCAGAUAGUGGUGGGACUUGCGGUGUCCUACCUGAGCGUCCUGAUGUGUGGCAUCGGUGUCCUGAUUGCGUGGCGUGGCUUCUCUCCCCUCCGCCAACUGCCCACCUUCCACUGGGUGUGCGUCGAGUUGGCGCUCCACAUAACUCUCACAGCUGUUUACCGGCUUGAUUUGAUGCAUGGAAAACAGCUGCAAUUGAGUAAGUAUGACAAAAAAUAGAUUUGUGAAGAAAGAUUUGGUUUGAUAAACUCAUAGAAGCUGUAAUGUAGCCGAUCAUUUGCCAUGACUUUUCACAACCCCAUUGUUUGAAAAUUCAAAAGUGUCGACAUCGGUAAAAAUUCAUGACAA